AUGGAGGCAACGGCGUGGAGGCUUGAUCAGAAAAGCUGUGGUGGAGGCGUGGAGGUCGUGGGUUUCCGGCAUGAUGAUGAUGAUGAAGAGCAAGGCCAAGACGAUGCGGUCGUCGACGGUGAUGUGGAAGAGGAGGAGUGGACGGUCGCGGAGGAAUUAGAGGAAAGACCAGGCGACGAAGAUGGCGAGGAAGACGAUCAUGGAGAUCGGGUGCCAGAGGAGGCUGAGGAAGAGGAUGAGGAGCGCGAUGAACGUGUAGUUCACGCGGAAGUGACCGAGGUUGCGCUUGAAGCGAGCGGUGGCUUCGCCGAGUGUGUCAGGGCGCAUUCUCAACGGCAGGACAAUUUUUUAAAUAUCGAACGAGGGAAAGACCAAGAUAAUCAGCGAGAGGGCAGUGUGAACACCUCUCACACGAGUAAAAGCCACUCAAAAGGGAAGGAUCAUGCAUCCCAUAAGCAAAACGAUCGAAAGGCUUUACAACAAGAGAUUGAUGAUUUGAAGAAAAAGUUGCGCCGAGCACAGCAGAAACGUACUUCACCUGGCUCGGGCACUAGCAGUAACGAGGAUAACGAAUACCGGCGAAGAUCAAGAACCCCUCCGAGCGAGACAUUUUCCUACGAGGAAGAGAGGCCUCGUAAACGCAGCCACAAAAGCCCAUCUUACCAAGGCCUGGCCAACGAUGCCAUGAGUAAGGCCCUGGAUCGCAUUUCCCAGUCGCCGUUUACACGUAGAAUAAAGAGUGCAGUGCUUCCUCGGUGGUUCCAUCAACCAACGUUUGCUAUAUACAAUGGUCGGACCGACCCAGUGGAGCAUGUAAGCCAAUUCAAUCAGAGGAUGGCCGUCCAUACCAGGGAUGAGGCGUUAAUGUAUAAGAUAUUCCCAUCUAGCUUGGGACCCAUGGCGAUGAGAUGGUUCGAUGCCCUCCAGCCGAAUUCCAUAGAUUCCUUUAAACAGUUGACGCAAGCUUUUGGUUCCCGUUUCAUCACCAGCACUAGAGUCCCUCGGCCCCUCGAUUCCCUCUUAUCCUUGUCCAUGCGGGAAGGAGAGACGCUGAAGGCCUACUCAGAUAGAUACUGGGAAAUGUAUAACGAGAUAGAGGGGAAUUAUGAUGACGUCGCCAUCAGUACGUUCAAAAGGGGCUUGCCGACAGAACAUGGCUUAAGAAAGUCCCUCACUGGAAAGCCAGUCACCAGCGUGCGCCAACUUAUGGACAGAAUUGACAAGUACAAAAGGGUCGAGGAGGACCAGCAGAUGGGGAAAGGUAAAGCGAAGGUCGUCCCUCAGGAGAGGAGGGACUUCAGGUCGGAACGAUUUAACAACAGUAACAGGCCGAGAAGGGACUAUGUAGAGCAGUCCGGAUCUACUGGGGCUCAGGCAGUCCAUGCUGUGUUCCGAGAACCUCUUCACAAAAUCCUAGAGAAGGUGAAGUAUGAGCCUUUCUUUCAGUGGCCGAACAAGAUGGCUGGUGAUCCUUUGAAGCGCAAUCAGAACCUGUAUUGCGCGUACCAUCAGGAGCCGGGUCACACUACUGAUGAUUGUAGAAACCUGAAGAACCAUUUAGAUCGGCUCGUCCGAGAAGGGAAGCUGAGACAUCUGCUGCAUCGCCCAGAAGGAUGGCAGGAACCAUCGAGCAAUGAAACCAGACAAAGUACGUUGAGGCCACCCAUUGACACGAUUAAUGUUAUUCUCGCCGCACCUGGAAGGACAGGCUCUGUCCCCUUCAGGGUAAUGUCAGUAAGCAGUUUCCCAACUGAGCCAGACGACAGGAAAUCCAAGAGAGCUAGAGUGAGUGCCACGCCAGUAAUCGGGUUCACGGAGGAAGACAAGCAGGGAACUAUUCAGCCCCACGACGAUGCCCUAGUCGUCACACUCAGAAUAGGGGGUUAUGACGUGAAGAGGGUGUUGGUUGAUCAAGGCAGCGCCGUGGAGGAGGACCUGUCGCCCUACGAUUCCCCCUUGGUUAGCUUUGAAGGGAAAAUCGUCAUCCCGAAGGGCAUGAUCAGACUGCCUGUGCAAACAGAUUCAGAUGUGGUAGAAGUGGACUUCAUUGUUGUAGAUGCAUACUCCCCCUACACAGCUAUCGUGGCCCAGCCAUGGCUUCAUGCACUAGGGGCUGUGUCGUCAACCUUGCACCAAAAAGUCAAGUACCCGUCAGGAGGUCAAAUCAAAGAAAUAAUAGGGAACCAGGGAAUGGCUAGACAAUGCAUGGUGUCGGCAAUCUCACGACAGCCGAAUAACAAACCUUCCACUUCAGCCGAGAACGGCUUAUAG